AUGGAUCAGUUACUUGACCAGAAUGAUUUGCGUGUCAGAGCACAGGGGGUUGAAGAACUGAGGAAUAUCAUGAACAGCAUGUUUGAUACUUCACGGCUGCUGCCACAUUUACUAGGAUACAUCAGCUUUCUCUGCAACUUAUUGGAUGAUGUGAACUUUAAAGUUUCUACAGUGACUUUAGAAAUAUUUGGUAUUUUGGUUAACAAACUUGGACAGGGUGUCAAGCCCUACCUGAAAUCACUAAUGACGGCGCUUACAAAACGUCUUGGGGACAACCAGAUUGUGAUACGGCAAGCUAACAUGAAGGUUUUAAUGAAUCUGAUGCACAUACUCACCCCAAAGCCUGUCCUAAGUUUACUGGGUGACUGUUUACAACAUCGAAAUUCUAGAGUUAGGGAAGAAGCUCUGAAUGUAGUGAUAGCUUCGUUAUUGACAUUUCCCAGUUAUGACUUUGAUCUUGGACAGUUGUGUCAGACCAUAGCUCAUACACUAGUUGAUCCUAAGAGAAAGGUGAGGCAAGCAUCUUUGGAAGCAUUUGCUGUACUGGCCCAAGCAAUGGGUGCAGGACGACUAGCACCGCUGGUCACUGCCGUUGACAGCGUUGAACUCAGCAUGGAAGGGGAUGGGGUUAUGGCAGCUGUGCAGAAACGUCAGUCCCAUGACAAACCGCCACUGAAAGCACGGAAUACAUGGAAUGACCUGGAGGAUAACAACGAUAUUACCAAGUCCCACAGACUUAUAAAAGGUUCCGGUGGUUCCAGGGACCAUUCGCCUGAUUCAGGACCUGGAGCUGGUGGAUCUUAUCAUUUAAUUUAUUUGAACAAACUGAAGAAAGAAAGAGAGCGGGCUUCAUUGAGCAAUACACAUCCUGGUGCCACUGUGCCAACUACAGACUCGUCUGGUAGCCAUAGUGCACCUGUUACCGACAGAGAUUUGACGCCAUGGAAACUCACCAAUGGAGCAGCAUUCAACAAAUAUUUUGGCGGGCCAGAAGUUCUGCCCAACAGCAAGAAACGUACUAGCCGUCAAGAUGAAGACAGUCGCUAUUUCCCAUCAUUUGGCUCUUCUAAAGAAGAUGAAUACACAUCCCAGAGAAUGAGUCUUGCUAGCUCGUGGCCUGACCCUGCUAAAGAUACCUCACCCAAAGCCAGAAAAAGGGUGGGUCCAUUGUCAGAGCCGACAACUCCGUCCACGACACAACCUCCAGAAUGGCCUGAUGAUGAUUCAAAGAGGUCUGGUAAAGUGCAGUCGUCUUCGAUUCCUCUCAAACCGACUUUAGCAAGGUCAGCAUCCAAGAAAACGAAACAUGUACCGCCAUUGCAGUUGAAUGAGAAAGGGUCUGCUGCGAAAUCCAAUUUCUCGGAUGCCGAAAGCGAGCGUUCUGGUGCCUACGUUAUCAGUUCUAGUAGAGGAACAAACUCUGACUGGGAUGACGAAGAGGAUGAUAUUGACAGAGAUCAAAUGAAAAACUCGUUAAUGUCUCUGCGGAACAGUGCCGCCAGGAAACGUGCAGCGAGGCGAGCAGACAGUAUGACUAGUAGUAACACCACCUCCAGGUCACCGUCGCCACAUUCCAUGGAUGAGAGUGGUAUUUAUAGCAUUUUGUAUGAUACUGGAAGUUUGGAGGAUUCACCCAAAAAUACACCAAAGAAAAAAGGCAAGAAAAAUCCUGAUUCACCAUUCAGCAAUAGGCCUCGCGUUGCCAGAGUGUCCACAAGCGAUCGGGAAGUUUCAGAUACAUCAAGAGACAGCUCCAGGGACACCUUCAGGGAUUCUUCCAGGGAUUCUUCCAGGGAUACUGAUACUACCAGGGAGCUGGAACCUAACCCGUUUGAGUUCAGUCCAACUGGUGGUGUUACAUUCAGGGAUAAGGUCCAAUCGGAUGUCAGUGUGGUGGGCAUGGGAUAUGGUAAAAAUGAUGUCUUCAGGACUGACUCUCCACCAAUACCAACUCAUCAGAAAGGGAAUGCUAGAAGGAAACAAAACAAAGGUUUACUUGUAUCACCGCUUACUAUGGCCUCGUUAAACCACCCUGGAGCCGUAGAUACUGAUGACUUCACAGAUGAAGUAGGAGUCAUUGGCAAAGGGGUAUUUGGUACAAGUUACGCUCCUCCCAGUCAUGAGUACAGCGGUGAUCGCUCCAAAAGAGGCAAAGAGCGUAAAGAUUCUGAAUCAGGACGUAAUGGUCUUCCCCCUGGUGUAUAUGGCAUUGGGGUUAAACAGAAUAGCACUGAAGAUAAUGAGAGUUCUGAUGAUGAGGAACCGUCUAGCAUAUCCAUGUCCAAGUCAACCAAGGAUAAAAUGGCUAGAAUUCAGCAAGAGAAAAAAGAAGAACUGGAACAACGAAAAGCGGAGAAGCAAGCAGAGAAGGAAAAACAACAGAGGGACAGGGAGAAGUGGCAGAAGCAGCAGGAAAAAGAGAGAAUUAAAGCCAGAGAACAAAAAGAAAAGAUUAAAAAAAUGGAUAGUACAUCUGAGGAGAUUGGGCUUGACACAUUAACAAUAUCUGGUUCAGGAUCUAAUACUUUAAACACUUCAACAACAAAGUCCAAAGUUAUUACUGGAAAACCACCUGUUGCAACAACGCCAAAGAAAAAAUCAUAUAAAUCCCCAAGUAGUGAUGCUUCAAUGGAGACUACGUCAACGCCGAAAAACUCAUCAAAAUCAAAAUUGAACCGCAGUUCGUCACAGCAUGACCCUGAUGAUGAUGGUGAAGAACUGAAGCCGUUUACAAACCCGGAAAGCUCGCUACGAGACUGUCUGAGAUUCAUGAAUCAAGAUGAUUGGGAGGUCAAAUUGGACGGCAUUCGCUAUGUAAGAAGAUUAACGAUAUUCCACCCUGAUGUACUGAAUUUACAGUUACACACAGUCAUAGUGGCAUUGUUAAAAGAGAUCAAAAAUCUCCGUUCAUCAGUAUCUAGAGCUGCCAUCUGUACUGUAGCAGAUAUGUUCACGCAUCUUAGGUCAAGUUUAGACAAGGAUAUGGACCAGCUAUGUAAGGUUCUCCUGCAUAAAGCGGGAGAGAGCAAUGGAUUUAUCCGGGAAGAUGUUGACAAGUCUCUCGCAGCAAUGGUGGAGUCUGUUACUCCGCAACGUGCACUUGUAGCUUUGGUGGCGGGAGGUGCAAGUCAUCGUAGUAUAGCAGUAAGGAAAACAUGUGCCCAGUUCUUGGUUGGCGUUGUGGAGAGAAUGGGACCUGGCAGACUUCUAAGCGGUAUCAAAGACAUCACUGAUAAGAUCGUACCUACGGCCGCACAAUUCUGUGUGGAUGGAUCGCCAGAAACGAGGUAUUAUGGUCGCAAGAUUAUGUAUAAACUGAUGAACCAUGAAGACUUUGAGAAAUUAUUAGCUAAAUAUGUACCCCACAAAGACUUGAGACAAGUUAGAGAAAUUCUAGAAAAACUUCGAGUAGAUGGUCUUGGAGAAAUGCCUUCGGAAACACCAUCUGCCAGAGCCAGGCGCACAUACCCAAGCAGUGGCAGCGGAAUGAGGACUAAUUCUGGCUCUCGAGAAAAGAUAAACUCUGCCGGAAGCAAUGCUGACCCUAAUGGCUUGACACCACCUAGUUCGACAAGGAAGAUACGCAGAUCACCACGCAUGGAUGAGGCCAGCAUGGCAACUGUACAAAAUCUUUGCUCAGGCUUAUCAGCAAGUGAUUGGCGAGAUAGGUAUAAGGCUGUGCAGGAUUUCCUAGAUAUGACAGCUCACAAUGUGGAUCUGGUUGUGUCGAAUAUUAUUAAGAUCUUCGAUAGCUACACACCUCGGUUAUCUGAUUCUAAUAGUAAAGUUAAUUUAACAGCGUUAACUGCCAUGUUACAAAUUGUGCCAAGAUUGCGAGAAUAUAUCGGUGCUGUGAUUAAUUCUGUUGUUCCUGUUCUGGCGACCAAUUUAGCUUCAAAAAAUGCUCAGAUCCAUCAAACAACCCUGAGUGUUCUUGACUCUCUCGUGGAGCAUGUGGAGAAUUCUCUGUUGCUGCAGCCUUUUGCGAAUGUAGCGCAGUAUGGUAACGCAAGAAUCAAACCAUGUAUGAUUGACAAGCUAGCUUAUCUAAGUACCAAAGUUUACCCGCGCAAACAGCAGACUGUGGUACGUCAGGUUCUACCAGUAUUAUGGCAUUUACUUAGUAAUACAUCCGGCAGUGGUGCUGUCCCCGGUGGUACGGGCAACAUACGCACAGCAACAACCAACUUGGCAAACACCUUGUUUGCUCUUAUGGGACAAUCACUUCUUGAUCAAGCACAAUCAGUUUUGACUCCUAGAAAUUAUAAAACUUUGCAAGAUAUGCUCGAGAAUCAGUAG